CGUUUCUUCCUCCUCAGCUCACGGGGAACAUAGGGUCUUUCCUCGGGUAGUAGCACCGCCGAGUCCCGGAAUGCCAACAGCUGGUCCCUCGUGUAAAUAACUGGACCGUGGUUGCGUGCUGGGUCCCCAAACACGGAGGUGAAAAUAGCGAUUAACAGCAGAUAGACCACGACAAGCUCGACGUGUCCAGCUGCCAUACUGCACCGUUAAACUGUAACUAGUAGCAGGGGAAAAAAAAAAAAGUGACAAGAAAUAACGAGGAAAAAAAAAACACAUAAUAUACUAAAACUAAGUUGUGAGCAGGAGCUACUGUGAAAGGCAGCCACGCGUGCAGCGCCGGAGUGGCGCUGCACGCGUGUUAUAUACUGUACACAUGGUCUGUGUUUUUUGCACUGUGCAUUACUGUCAUCGUUUGUGCCGUAGAUCCACCUCGAUGUGUCCAGAAAAGAGCUCAAGGUUUCCAACAUCCCCACCUCCAUGCCAGAAGAGAGAAUGAAGGAGCGCCUGGAGAUGAGUUUCUCCAGGAAGAGCAGAGGAGGAGGAGAGGUGGAUGGUGUGGAGUACGACAGGAACAAUGGGACAGGACAGAUCACCUUUCUCCACCCUGGAGUUGCUGAGAGCCUGGCGCUGAGAGGGAGGUACCUUGUGGAUCUGGAUUCUGAAGUGAACGCGCAGGUUGGACCCAUUUACAAACACCAGCUGUGCAAGUUUCAGACCUUCUGUGGCUCUCCGAAGCAUACCAUCCUCCUGGAGGACAUCAAGGACAUGGGGGAGGAGGAUGACCUGCAGGACCACCUGGAGAUCCACUUCCAGAAGCCCAGUAAUUACGGCGGUGAGAUAGAGAGCAUCCAGUACAACUCCAGGGGAAAGGCGCUGCAGGCCUUUUUCUCUGAGGACCUGCCUCCCACAGCUGCAAGAUGAGCUGAAGAUUUAGUGCUUUUAUGUGCAAGACACUUAACAAUGUAUGAUUUUCCUGACAUAUAGAGGACUGUCAACAUUGGGCUAAAAUCACACAUACUUCCCUGAGAAAAUUGUGUUUUUAUGUUACACGGUUCUUGAGCAACCUGUUGAUUCUCUUCCCUACAUGAUUAUUAUUAUUUACAAGUACACAAGCUGAAGAUAAAGCAGUGGGCUCAGGGAGAAUUGUUAAUGAUACUUGACUUCCUGUCCUACAGUUUUAGACCAAUACUCAACAUGGUGUACGCCUGUCAAUCUGUCUGUCUCUUCUAUUGCUCAUUAAAAGAUCUGAAUACUCAA